AUGUCAUCAAUAAGCACAGACGAUCUCCACACCCUCUUCAAGAACAUAGGCAAAGGCAAGAACAAGGCCACGUCACCAGUAAGCAGCGACGAUCUCCUCACCCUCUUCAAGAGCUUGGACAAGAGCAACCGUGGCCGAAUCACCGUCUCCCAGCUGCAAACCCUUCUCCACGGAAUCGGGAUCCAGACGACGUCGAAAGACCUCGACAAGCUCGUAGGCGGAAACGAUCUCGACUACGUGGAUUUCAUGUUCUUCUACGGAGCGAUCGCCAAGGGCAGCGACAGCCGCGAGGAUCUGCGGAAGGCCUUCAAGGUUUUCGACGUCGACGGGGAUGGCUUCAUAUCUUGCGAGGAUCUGCAGAUGGCGAAGACGAGGAUGAGUCUGUUGAAGAUGAAGAGUUUGGAAGAGUGUAGGAAUAUGAUAAGGGUUUACGACAAGAAUUGUGAUGGAGUUAUUGAUUUCGACGAGUUUAAGGAUAUGAUGACGUCAUCAAAAUGUGUUUAA